UACUGCCAAGCCACAGUGGGAACUCCAAUGGGGGCUUUCUAAGUUACAGUUACAAAUACAGCUGUGUCCACUACUGAUUAAGAUGGUUCAGUGGUCUUACCUAUAGGAUAAAGUCCAGACUCUUUAGAUUGAUACACAGGUCUCUUUACAGCUUGGCUUCUGCCCACCUUUUGAUGCCUUUUGUUGGAAACGUCCCUUUCCCUCUUUGCUCAGCUCUGCUUAAACCUUUACAUUUGACCUGAUCGCAGCCUCUGCUAUGAAGCUUCUCUAGAUAAAGGUCAUUGUUCUCUUUUCAGUAAUUCCAAGGAUGCUUCACUCACUUCUGUUGUAACACUUCCCACACUGGGUUAUUGGAUUAUAAUAAGGAAAGAAAUAGGAAGGGAUUAAGGUGGCUUAUGUGUGUAAUAGAAACAGCAUAGGCUUUGGGGUUAAUCCAACCUGGGUAUAAAUCGUGAAUCUGCCAUUUACUUAUCUUGUGAUCUUGGACUCAACUGCUCUGAGUAUCCAUAUUUCCUAUACACAUACCUUAUAUUACUGAAAGGAUUAAAUGACAUAAUAUGUAUAAGCAUCUAAUGGUACCCAGUUGGAACUCAGUACAUAACAGUCCUACCCUUUUCUUUUAUCGACAUCAUCAGCUCUGAGGAAGCAUCAUUAUAUUGGAUGAUGGUCACAUCUAUUAUUUGCACUCUGAGAAAUGGUUCUGGUACAUCCUGGUGAGUGUCAAGACUUACAGCCCAUAUGUGCUGGGCCAGCAUAGAACUGGGGAUGGUAGAUUGAGAGUGUGUGGAAGACUGCUUAUGAAGGGAGGGAGGAGAUGAGGGAGGAGCGUGGUUGUAUCAGGAAACUGAUAGUGCCAUUAACUUAAAAAGGUUUCCCCAAGUCAGUUUCUUCCCUUGCGUACGUACCUGAAACCUCAUCCCAUGAAGUGUAACUAUAUCUUCAAGAUAUAGGGUACUUAAGGACAGGGAGAUAAUUAUAUCCUCUUGACUGUCCACAUUGAAACAGAGGGAAUAGGGCUUUCUCCAAAAGGAGUGAAACGUUGGAACAUAAGAGGAAACCAGCAUCUUUUGCGAGAACUGACCUGAGCCUCCAGCGAUGUGUGGGUUGUGGACGAGGUGCAGAGCAAAGGCGAGGGCUGUUCCUGAGGGUGUGUGACCCAGCUCUAGGGACAAGGAAAGAUGAGUUACAAACUGGGCAGCAACUAGCUUGUCUUUGGAGGAAGGCUCGUGGCUGAGACUGGAGAUGCUCGUAUUGUGGCCAGUGUGAACUUCCUCCUCUCCCUUCCCAGCCAGCUCUCCGCCUCCUGGAUCCACCAUGGUGUUUGGUGAGUUUUUCCAUCGCCCUGGACCAGACGAGGAACUCGUCAACUUGAACGUGGGGGGCUUUAAGCAGUCCGUGGACCAGAGCACCCUCCUGCGGUUUCCGCACACCAGGCUGGGGAGGCUGCUCCGCUGCCACUCGGAAGAGGCCAUCCUGGAGCUCUGCGAUGACUACAGCGUGGCGGAUAAGGAGUACUAUUUUGAUCGGAACCCCUCCCUGUUCAGAUACGUUUUGAACUUUUAUUACACGGGGAAGCUGCACGUCAUGGAGGAGCUGUGUGUGUUCUCCUUCUGCCAGGAGAUUGAGUACUGGGGCAUCAACGAGCUCUUCAUUGAUUCCUGCUGCAGUAACCGCUACCAGGAGCGCAAGGAGGAAAACCACGAGAAGGACUGGGACCAGAAGAGCAAUGACGUGAGCACUGACUCCUCGUUUGAAGAGUCGUCUCUGUUCGAGAAGGAGCUGGAGAAGUUCGACCAGCUGCGAUUCGGGCAGCUCCGCAAGAAGAUCUGGAUUCGGAUGGAAAACCCAGCCUAUUGCCUGUCGGCCAAGCUCAUUGCCAUCUCCUCCCUGAGCGUGGUGCUGGCCUCCAUCGUGGCCAUGUGUGUCCACAGCAUGUCGGAGUUCCAGAACGAGGACGGGGAGGUGGAUGACCCCGUGCUGGAAGGCGUGGAGGUCGCGUGCAUCGCUUGGUUCACCGGCGAGCUGGCCAUCCGGCUGGCUGCUGCUCCGUGUCAAAAGAAAUUCUGGAAAAACCCCCUGAACAUAAUCGACUUCGUCUCCAUCAUUCCCUUUUACGCCACGCUGGCGGUAGACACCAAGGAGGAGGAGAGCGAGGACAUUGAGAACAUGGGCAAGGUGGUCCAGAUCCUCAGGCUGAUGAGGAUUUUCCGAAUUCUCAAGCUUGCCCGGCACUCUGUGGGCCUUCGGUCGUUGGGGGCCACACUGAGGCACAGCUACCACGAAGUUGGGCUGCUCCUUCUCUUCCUCUCGGUGGGCAUUUCCAUCUUUUCUGUGCUCAUCUACUCGGUGGAGAAAGAUGACCACACGUCCAGCCUCACCAGCAUCCCCGUCUGCUGGUGGUGGGCCACCAUCAGCAUGACGACCGUGGGCUACGGAGACACCCACCCCGUCACCUUGCCCGGAAAGCUCAUCGCCAGCACGUGCAUCAUCUGUGGCAUCUUGGUGGUGGCCCUUCCCAUCACCAUUAUCUUCAACAAGUUCUCCAAGUACUACCAGAAGCAGAAGGACAUUGACGUGGACCAGUGCGGUGAGGACCCACCAGAGAAGUGCCAGGAGCUCCCUUACUUUAACAUCAGGGACAUCUAUGCCCAGCGGAUGCACGCCUUCAUCACCAGUCUCUCUUCGGUGGGAAUUGUGGUGAGCGACCCCGAUUCCACAGAUGCUUCGAGCAUUGAAGACAACGAGGAUGUUUAUAACAUAGCAUCCCUGGAGAAUGGCACAGCAAAAUAAGCGGGGAUGGUCGUGCCUGUAUCUUGUGUCCCUUCCCGAUCUUAGGUUAACACAGCUUUAGAAACCUCAAUGGGUUCGUUCAAAAUCAUUUAAUUCUCAGGGUGUACUCUUCAGCCAUAGUUGGACAUUUCAUUGCUCUGAAAUGCUAGAAAUGUCUUUAUUUUUCUCAGUGAGGCCCAUUAAAUGCCUUGCUCUGAAAGUUAUUUUUUACCAGAGAGGAUUGUGAUAUGAUUUUGGAAAAAAAAAAAAAAAAAGGGUAAAUGGUAGUGGGUGGGAUGUGUUGCUAUGGCUUCUGUAUCAUUCUGUGUUUAUCAUUUACUCACAUUGAGCUAACUGUAAAUUACUGGCAAAUAGAAGCAAGGGCCCCGAAGACUACAUGCAUGUAAGUAAGAUCCACAUGAGACAAUGCAUGUAAAUCCAUGUUCACAUCCUUGACAUGGAAAUUAGGAGCCUAAUAAACUGCCUACUUCAGUGUGGAGA